AUGUCAGUGGGUAUUUACUCGCUGAAGGCGGAGACGAAUGCAAGCAGCACCGGUGGAUCCCGUGGGCUUAAUAGAAUGCGGCGUUUACCGGCGAUUCAGUUGGAUUCAUGGGAGUUCCGUAAACACGCGCGGGAAGGCUCCGUCAUGCCGAAUGCGCUUGUCGCAUCUGACGUGGAUGGCGAUGGCGUGGAAGAAAUUGUUGUUGGUACCACGGAGGGGCAAAUUCUUGUGGUGAAGCCGGACCAUCGCAUGCCAAUCUUCUCCCGCACGCUUGCCGCAACCAUCUCCAUUGUGUUGUAUAGCGCAACCUACCGUCGACUUGUAUUGGUGACGCUGGAAGGAACAUGCGAGGUCACGGAGGGGUUUCUAUCAGGCGGUUGCAAAGUCCCACCAUCCGCCUCCAGCAACGCACUCCAAAGCAAGAGUCAGUGUGACUGGGGAUUGCCACCCUCUCUGGAGCCCAGCAAUCACAUGAAUCACGGCUGGGGUGGUCACGACGAGGGAAAAAAGUCAAUCCCCCCAUCCACUUCUUCACAUGUCUUUUGUAUCGUCCCAAACUGCACGUGCGGCGAUAUUACGGCAGAAGUGGGUGGCACGACGAUAUUUCUUGGCGCCCACAAUUGUAUAUAUGUGUACUCCAUCACAACAGACGGGGAGUGUCUUGGAUCUCUCUUGCUGCAGGCACCCGUAACCUCCAUGAAGUGUUUUACUGUGCCGUUUGCUACAGAAGGUCAUUUGCGCAUCAUCAACGCUCCUCUAUUCCCUUGUAGGAAUGCUGCGGCAACACCGCAGACAACUUUCGACGGUUCUACUCCCAGAAAUGAUGCAGUGUUUAUUGGAUCAUCCACCCAGACCGUAGCAGGUGCAACAUUGCUCCUGGUAAGUUGUGGUGAACGGCUUGUUUUAUUGAACGCAUCCAGCCAAGAUGUAAAGGAGUGGGGAGGCUCAGGCAACCUGCGGUGUGUUGCAACACAGGAGUGUCCAUUAGGGGAUUUUCCAUUAACAGGUGGUCCAAAUAUUCACACGGCUUAUUCCUCCUCCUUUUAUACCACGGACGUAUUAAAUCCUUAUGAGGUGACGGGUACUCGGAGGACACCUUUGCAGCCAUUAUGGCAAUGCUCCAUGAGUCGAACCUCAGAAAUGCAACAACGACAGCGGUGGCCAUUGAAGUCCUCCAUGGAUGAGGGCCACACACAGAGCGGUUUUUUUGACCUGUCGACAGUGAGCCUUCCGGUUUCUUCACCAGAUACUUGUAACGUGGUACCGCGUGAAGAAUUGUUGCUGUCGCCACGUAGGCAGCAGUUACAGCGUGGUGUCUGCGACACCGCCGCUGCAGGCGCCUUAUUAAAUUACAAGGAGGAUAGUGAGACGGCAUUGGAUUUACUUGAGAAUGAUUUGCCUGUUUCUUUUGCGGUGGAUGUGGCGGUGAGUAAAAAUAAAUUGCAGUUUGCCAUUGUCAGCGAAGAUGGGCGUUGGCUUAUCCUUGAGAUGUCGCCUGCGUGCGGUGAGGGUUCUAUGGGGGCGGUCCCAAGGACGUUAAGUACAAAACAACAUGAAAAUGGAAAUGAAUACCCUCCUAAUAAAUGGUUUUCCGCCACUAUUGUGUGCCUAGCGUCGGGAUGUUUGAAGCCACAGUGGUUUCUUUCGUGUGUUUGUAAUUUCUGUGUCCGACAAGAUGAGUUUUGUACCGUAUUUCUCUCCACAGAGGGAAACUGCUACCUUGUGGGCAGCAACAGCGAGAUUUCUGAGUCACGCCUGGGAGCAGAUGCAUCCUCAUUUACAAUCUUGAAGGGUGGAUUUAUGGGGAAUCCCGUGCACCCAGCUUGGGCUUCUUCCAACUGCGCAACGACAGUCAUGCCUACUGGCGUAUCUUCUGCUUUAGUGCGUGAUUUUACAGAAUUGCCGCAAGAACAACAACAGCCGAGUCUUCUUCGGGCCUCCAGCGGCCGCGGUGUCUGCCUUGUGUGCGUGACCCUGGAUGAGAUUGUGAUCUCCUCCGUGGGUAGCGAACUGUUCCUUUCAGCACAACAAAGUUCCGUGCCUCUGGCUGUCUCGCGCGGCUUGAACUUUGCUGGUGGUGAUGGUAUACAUGGGUGGAACGAGACGCGUAGUAGCUUCGGCAUCACCGCGGAAGGUGGGGCCCAUUUUGUUGACGAAAUGGAUGAAAGGGAGGAGGAGUUGAUGCUACAAUUGGGCACUGCAUUGCUUGAAGCCGAAGGCUACGCAGACCCGACAGCUCUUUUCUCUCCAGAAGAACGGCGUUUUGCGGCUCGGAUGUUGUGUGCCGCGGGUUACACAGAGCGGGAGUGGGAAUUACUGUGGCAGAUGGAUGCAGAGUUAUCGGAAUGA